AUGGGUGUUGACAUACAAGGUAAGCUUCGUUUAGCUCUUGGCUCAGUGAAAGAUCAUGCCUCUAUUGGCAAGGCCAUGAUGUAUCAUUACCAACAUGAUGGCUUUUCCAACAUAGAGAUUGCAGUCCUGCGUGCUACUGGCCAUGAUAAUGGAACCAUUGACGACAGAUACAUGCAUGAAAUCCUCUUUCUUGUGUCAAACUCUCCAGGAUCCAUUCCUUUUCUGGGUGAAAGGAUUUCACGCCGCCUAGGCAAAACUAAGGACCAUGUUGUGGCCCUCAAGACCCUUGUCUUGAUUCAUCGCCUUCUUAGAGGGGGAAACAGGUCCUUUGAACAAGAGCUAUGCAAGGCACAUGUCUCAGGUCACCUACAAAUUAGUACAAGGUGUUUCAUAAAGAGUUCUGAUCACCCUUCAGUUGGUUUCCUACACAAAUAUGCAGCUUAUCUUGAAGAGAGGAUGAGUUGGCUCAUCAACCAAGCAGGGAAACUUGAGCCAGUUAUGUCCAAAGGGUUAGAAUUUAGGCGCUAUGAUGAGAAAUCCUUUGAUAUGGCAUUCAGAACAUUGCCUAAAUGCCAACUGCUUAUUGAUAAGGUGUUGGAAUGGUCACCAAAUGAUAUUUUGUGCUCAGAUCAUAGCCUGGCUCAAGCUGCUAUGAGCAACACCUUGAGAGAGAGCUUCCAGGUUUAUAUGACAUUUUCUGAAGGCAUUGCAGCUCUUGUGAACAUGUUUUUUGAUCUAACAGCAUCAGCCAGAGGCCUAGCCUGUGAAAUACUUAAGAAAGCUUCUCUCCAGAGCCAAAAGCUUCAUGAUCUAUAUGAAAGUUGCAAACAAGUGGUUGAAAACAAGAAUUUGGAUUACCCUUCUGUUCAAAUAAUCAGCAUGAGUCAUGUAGUAGCAUUGGAACAACUUGGUAGUCCACAAAAUGAACUUGCAACUUCACAUGUCUCUCUAUCUAGCAUCUCAAGGCCACCUCCAAUUUUAAGCCACUUAACAAAAUCAAAAGAGAUAGAGUUGGAAGUGGCAUCAGAAGAAAACAUAAGGAAUGAAGAGAAGAAAGUUGAUGUAAACUUGUCACCAACCCCAACUCUUUUUUCAUUGACACUAGAAACUAAAAUAAGCAUGGUGUGGGUGGUGUUUGAAGAUGAGGUUCCCAAUGAAUCACAGGUUCUUCCAUCAGCACAGCAAAAACUUGGAACUGUUGAUGCUGUAACUGACAUAAAAAGUGAAUAUGGCGGGCCUAGUGUGUUCCUUAAUCCAUUUCCAUCUACUUUUCGAACAAGCGUGUCUUCAAAGGUAUAA